GAGCUCUGGUCAUCGAUUUCCCAUUCUUUCCCAUCGCAGCUUCAGAAAUAUCUAGGAUAACCUAGAGAAGAUCCAUCAAGUAGUCUGCAGCAAUGAAGCCCCAAAUCUCCCUACUCUCCUUUGCUAUGGCGGUACUUGCCCAGGCAACAAGUCCAAAGCAAGCUCAAGAAGCAUCUGCUUUGGUAGACACCAUGGGCCAGACAGAAACAGCCGACAAUGGAGUACUCGACAACACAACCACAUCAUUGAGGGCGGGGAAAAGAGGAUAUGUCUUGUUGGAGGACACGACCGUUAGAAAGAAGUUGUUGCACUUUGACCGCGAACGUGCUCCUGAGAGAGUAGUACAUGCGUUGGGACACGCAGCUUAUGGCACCUUCACCCCAACCGGAGAUUGGAGCAACCUCACAUCUGCAUGCUGGUUGCAGGGAAACACCCCCAGUGAUGUUUUCACUCGUUUCUCGGUCGUUGUGGCUGGAGUUGGUGGAGCAGACACGGGACGCGAUACACAUGGAUUCGCUACGAAGAUAUACAGCAAGUGCGGAAACCAUGAUCUCGUCGGAAACCAUGUACCUAGUUUCUUUAUCAACGAUGGUGCUCUCUUCCCGGACUUAGUCCAUGCUGUAAAAGCAGAACCCAACACGGGUUUCCCCACAGGUGGCAGUGCUCAUACUAAUGCGUAUGACUUCUUCACCCAACGCCCAGAGCAUACGGAGCAGCUGAUGGCCGUUCUCUCUGAUAUGGGGAUUCCACGUGACACUCGCCACAUCAGUGGCAAUGGAGUCCAUACGUACCGGUUCAUCAACGCUCAAGGAAAAUCAACUCUGUUCAAAUGGUACUGGCUCCCUAAGCUAGGGCAUAGAGCUUUAGUCUAUGAUGAAGCCACUAAGCUUGCUGGAAAGAAUAACAACUUUCAAAGAAUCGACCUUUUCACCACAAUUGAGGCCGGACUGUACCCUGAGUGGGAAUUCUCCGUUCAAUUGUUCCCCGACGAUGGUGAAUACAUGUACAAUGGCAUUGAUCUAUUAGAUGCCACCCAGAUCGUUCCGUUCGAAAUGAACGCUCCUGUAACGCUCGGGGAAGUGGUCCUUAACAGGAAUCCUUCGAACUACUUUGCCGAGACCGAGUCUGUCAGCUUUGCACCGUCUAACGUUGUUGAUGGAGUUUCCUUCGUCCCCGAUCCUCUCAUCCAAUGGCGUCUCAUGUCAUACGACGACACAUCCACCCACCGCCACAACUCCCCGAAUGGCUACCUCCUCCCAGUCAACGCUCCAAUUGGCCCAGUUAACAACAACUACCGUGAUGGUUACAUGCAACCCAAGAUCUUCGAGGGCGAAUCGGCGAGUUCUCCAGACGGGAUCGGCGGCGUCCUGGCUGCCUCCCCUCAGGCAGCACUCGCUGUAGUUAAUGAGACUAUAUCCGGCCAAGUCGGGCGUUUUCAACCCUUCAAUGACCCAUUUACCCAAGCCCGGGGUUUUUGGUUUUCUAUGGACCAGUUUGCGCAACAGCAUACGGUUGAUGCAUACCGAUUCGAGCUUGGCCAUGUGUCGAACCCGAACGUCACCGCCAAAUACAUCUCCACCAUCUUGAAUCCAGUCAACAACUGUCUUGCGAGACGCGUUGCGUUUGGAGUUGGGGCUCCCAUGCCAGCCAUUGGCACAGGAUCUUCCGUUGUACCGAAUGUGACUUUCCCAAGUCUUUACCCACUCAGCACGAACGUAUCGCUGCCAGUGACCGGGCUCGUCGUAGCAAUACUCACCACCAGCGACGAUAUUCCUAUGGCGACAUAUAAGACUUUGACUUCGGCUCUCAGCUCGCAAACGGCGUUGUUCGAAGUCGUCGCUUCUCACCAAGGAGUCCUAGCCAGCGGAGUUCCGGCGAACGAGUCCUACGUUACUACCUCGUCCGUCUUGUUCGAUGCGGUUAUUAUCGUGUCGCAAGGCUUCAGCAUGAACAUAUCGAUGCCAAUGGUAGAGCAGGAGUUUGUGCGAGAAGCUUUCGGGCAUGGGAAACCGAUCGGUGAAGUGGGUAGCGGUUUCUUGUCAUCGUUACAGUUGACGGGCCCGGGAUUGUUUAUUAACUCCAAUGCUGGCUCUGUGGUCAACUCUGUCAUUGGAGCCAUGGAGAUGCCUGGGAGAUUCCCGCAGAGAAAUCCUUUGGAUGAUGUCAAAGCCAUUUGUGGAUAA